AUGUCGGAGCACAAUGACGAGGAAACCGACUCACAGCAGAACACCGAAUUUGUGGAUUCGUCUAGACCUUUUCGUUUCAAGAAGAGGCGUGAUCGUGAUGAGCGUGAAGAGCCUGUAGAUGUGUCUGUGGAAAGCGAGCGUCGCCGGCACAGACAUCGUCGACAUCAUCAUAGCAGACACAAGAGGAGAAAGCUCUCUAAUGAAGAUAUAUCCUUUCAACCCAAGCUACCUCCAGCUGAUGCAUUUCGUGAAUCUCUUUUCGAUGCGCUUGCUGAUGACGAAGGAGCCGAUUUCUGGCAGGGAGUUUACGGUCAGCCGAUCCAUCAGUAUCCGAGAACUUUCGCAGAUGCAGAAUCUGGUGAAGUUGAGACGAUGGACGAUGAGCAAAAGAUGUGGGAGAAAAGCGCGGAAGGUAUUCAAGCUGCAAAAGAGGUGAAGAGACGGGAGAAGAGAGAGGAGGAACAGCAACAGCGACAGCGGCGAGAACAGAGCCGCGUUGGGCUUGAAACUGGUCCGCCACAUAACAAUUUCGCGCCGUUCGACUUUGAGAUCGAGGCAAGUUUGAAGCGUGGUCAGCAGCGCAAGGAGAAAAAGAGAUGGCAGCAUAUCUGGCAAGACUACCUAAACAGAUGGAAAAUUUUACAGGACCUACAUGAAUCAAGUAGAACAUCAUCUGCUGACGAUAUUGAACAGAUCUUCCUCCGGAAUAAGAUCGCAUGGCCCGUCGAAUCUGGUAAGCGAAAAGACUUGUCUUCUGACGAGAUUGAGAAGUUCUUUCACCAAGUCGCAGAAGUGGCUCACGCCGAUGACGCCAGUCAUACCCUUUCAAUAUCCUCGAUACUAAAGGCAGAGAGAAUCAGGUGGCAUCCUGAUAAGGUUCAACAACGUUACGGGUUCAUGAACGUUGACCAAAGCACCCUCGAGGGCGUCACUGCUGUUUUCCAGGUACUCGACCGUCUAUGGAAUGAACGCCGCACCAAAUGA